GCCAGGCCAGGCACAGUCGUCGCUGGCACUCACACACGAGUGCCUUAACUUGUCUCCAGCUUCCUCACCUAUCAGCGGAUCGACCUGAGAAUCAUCAUGGUCUCCAAGACGGUCAUCGCCCUGUGGCUCCUGGCCGCCUCCUGUGCUGUCACCAUGGCCAGCCCCGCACCUAGUGGUGGAUAUGGUGGAGGAGGACAUGGUGGCGGUGGAGGUGGAUAUGGAGGCGGCGGCUAUGGUGGUGGCGGACAUGGUGGCGGCGGAUAUGGUGGUGGUGGAUAUGGUGGCGGUGGAGGUGGAUAUGGAGGUGGCGGCUCUGGUGGCGGCGGACAUGGAGGCGGCGGAUAUGGUGGUGGCGGACAUGGUGGCGGCGGAUAUGGUGGUGGUGGAUAUGGUGGCGGUGGAUAUGGUGGCGGCGGAUAUGGAGGCGGCGGAUAUGGAGGCGGCGGAUAUGGUGGCGGAUAUGGAAAGUAAAAAGAAUAUUACAAGAUGCAGCAACAAAACUACGGUGAAAACGGUUACUGUAAUAUGCUGCAAUGCGUCAUAUUAAUAAACUGGUUUUAAGUCCUUA